AUGGUCCAAGCAAAAGCCUUCAUUGUCCCCGAGAAGCAAGCAUCUUUCCAGUCAGAGACCGUUGAAUUAGACGCAUUGCAAAGCGGGGAGGUUCUGGUCGAGCUCAAGGCAACUGGUAUCUGCCAAACAGAUCUGGUUGUCCAAAGUGGGAAGAUUCCCGUCCCCUUUCCCGCCAUCCUGGGCCAUGAAGGUACGGUUCAGUCCCCUUUAGUAGCUCCCCACGCUCGCAGGGAUAAUAACAUACAAUCCAAGGCGCCGGUGUGAUUCGUGCUCUGCUCCUUUGGUUGUGGGUUUCAAACGGGUACGGGGUCUAUAUUCAACGUCGUCCGUCCGAUCGAACGACAGGCCCGGUCCCUUCUGGUAUUCGGCUUGGGCAGUGUAGGGGCGGCAGCAAUCAUGGCGGCAAAAGUCCAAGCCGAAGAUUGUCCCGAAGUACUUGACACUAUUAUUGCUGUAGAUGUUGUCGACGAAAAGCUGAGUAUAGCCUUGGAGCUCGGAGCAACACAUGUGAUCAAUUCAGCCAAGGAGGAUCUGGAACGCCGUGUGGCAGAAAUUACCCACGGUCAGGGGAUUGAUGCGGCCAUCGAUUGCUCGGGUGUGAUUUCGGUGGUCAACUCGAUGGUCAAUUUGGUGGGUGCUGGUGGAGUAGCGGUCACUGUUGGCGGACCACCGGCCGGUCUUAAAGCCUCAAUUGACGUAUUUGAUAUGUUGAUCAACUGCAAGACGUAUAUCGGGUGUCAUCAAGGCAAUGCAUAUUCUAAGACUUUUAUACCAUUAAUGAUCGAUCUUUAUCGAAAGGGACGGUUACCGUUGGAUAAAUUACAGAAGACUUAUAAGGUCACUGAUAUCAACUUGGCAGUCAGUGACAUGAAAGCAGGGCGUGUUUGGAAGCCUGUGCUUCUCUGGGACUGA